UCUCCCCUUACACACUUACAUACAUUGGUGAUAUUCAACUUUGUUUUAGUUCUUUUCUUUUUUCUUUCUUAAGAAAGGUAAAUUAAGGGAGAGUGAGUGAGAAAAAGACCACUCUUCCUUAAUUUCUUCUUCUUUCUUUUAUCUCACAAAUCAAGAAAAUCAAGGAACUUUAUGUGAAAAGCAAAGAUUAUGGGUUCGGUUAGGAGAAAGUACGGUUGCAAGGCUGAAAUUUAAAAAAAAAAUUGACGAGAGGACAUCAUCAAAAUUGAAGCUCGUGGCUUAUUCAUACAUCAAAAGUUCUUGGAUAUUGUUGACUGACCAAGAGCUCGUUCUUGAUUCUAUGGAAUCGUAUCAAAAGUAGUCUCUGUGUGUCCUUAUGUUAUGGAUUCUGAGUCACAAUUAUAUAUAGAAAAAUGGCUGGAUUCUUUUCACUAGGAGGAGUAGGAAGAGAAGAAACAAGUAGUCAAGAAAAUUAUCGUCAUCAUCAAGAAAACACAAGUACACACAAUUGGUUCUUGUACAAAAAUCAUUAUCAAGAAUUACCAACAUACAAAGGUUUCGAACUAUGGCAACAACAACAACAAUCUCAUCACGACGAACAAAAUUACCAACUUCUUCGAAAUUCAAUUAUUAAUCCAUUUGGAUUAGAUAUUGGGCCUAGUCAUGAUCAUCAUGGAGGGCUCAAUAAUUCAAGAUCUAUGUCUAAUUUUAUGAUGAUGAGAAGUAGUAAUAGUGGAGCAAUUAGUUGUCAAGAUUGUGGUAACCAAGCUAAGAAAGAUUGCCAACAUAUGAGAUGUAGGACUUGUUGUAAGAGUAGAGGUUUUCAAUGUCAAACACAUGUGAAAAGUACUUGGGUUCCAGCUGCUAAAAGAAGAGAAAGGCAACAACAACUUGCUUCUUUGAAUCAACAAGAAGAAAAUAAGUUCAAAAGGCAAAAAGAUGAUCCAAUCACUGGGUUAGAAGUGGCAAAUAAUUUUCCAUCAAAAGUAAAUUCAACAGCUGUGUUUCAACGUGUUAGAAUGAGCUCAAUUGAAGAAACUGAAGAUCAAAUAGCAUAUCAAGCUGUUGUUGAUAUUAAUGGACAUAUAUUCAAAGGAAUUUUAUAUGAUCAAGGUGAUGAUCAUGAGUAUAAUUAUAUGAAUAAUGUUGGUGGUGGUGACAGCUCAUCGGGUGGUGAUCCAAUGCCACAGCCGCAUAACCUCAUUGGCGUGGCAGGCACCGCCACAUCAGUUGCGAAUAACGCAACUGCAGGCAGUGGUGGUGAUGCUCCUGCUGCGGUGGCCACGGAUGGGUCACAUUUUCUAGAAACUUCUCUAUAUUCUGCUCCCCUAAUUAACACUUUCAUGGCUGGUACGCAAUUUUUUCCACCUCCAAGAUCUUGACAUUUGACAAAUUUUGGUCUUGUAAUGAUAUCUAGUUAAUUAUGUUAAUUAGCUUUAAUUAGUUAAUUACUCUUAGUUAAGGGGUGUUUUGGUAAUUGGUGUAAUAGCGAAAUUUAAUCUUCACAUAUAAAGUUCAUUAUUGUUACUCUUCC